AUGCAGAUGGGCCACCAACGAAAGCCAAAGUCACAGACACAGGGUCAGGAAAAGCCAGCGGUGUUGACGAUGGAACAGAGGUGUCACGUGGCUGAAACUGAAAUAUGUGAGAUACAGAAAGACAUGGAAAAUUUCAAACAAAGCUCAGAGAGAGUGAUGCUCAACUACAAGGCUACAAUGGAAGAGGCCGACAUCCGAUUGGCGGAGGUAAAGAAAGCACGUUCAAACUUUGAGCAGGAUGUGGUUAAGCCACUGCAGGAGAGGAAAGGUCCAGUGAAAGGGACUGAGAAGGUCAUGCGCUUCAUUGAGGAACAGAUUAACGCUAAGAAAUCAAAGAUUCAGAGGCUCCGCCUAAAGAAUGCAGAGCUGUGUAAAAAGUCUAAGAAGCUGCAGGAACAGCAGCAGCAGCAGCAGGAGUUGGCCAAGGAGGUGCAAGAGGUGGACUUUCAGCAUCUUGUUAUCGAGAAUAAAAAUUGCCUGGAGCAAAUAGACAAAUUCAAUCAGGACCUGCUUCACCUCAAACAGGCAAACCCGCAGCAAAGCCUGAAUACGUACAAGAAGACACUCCAGAGCUUAACGAGUGAGUCUAAGCAGUUGGACAGUGACAUUGCCUCGCGAAAGAAGAUGCUGAUGAGGAUUGAGGAAGAGUUGCUGCAAUCAGAGCAGGAGCGACUUCAAGCUGAAAUUUUGAACAGGAAACUGCGGGACAAGCUGGCCACCUUUCAGGUGCCAGAUGUGCAGCAGUAUAUCUCUGCCAACGCAUCUCAUCGCCAGUUAGAGGAGAGCGUCCGCUCCUGGGAACGAAAGGUGCAGGUUGCUGAGGUGAGCAGAAUAUUUAAGAUCUUUUAA